UAUGAGAAUAAAGAAGAAAUGGUUCGUUCUGCUUGGUUUGUCAGCAUUGUUUGUCUUGAUAGCUUUAUGGAGUUUUCACUCAAAAAAGAAAACUACAGAUACCAAAGCAAGAAAGAAGCAACAAAUCUUUAUAAGACAAUUGAUGGAAGAAAAUUAUAUUCUAAAAAAGAACAUUAGGGAUAUUAAAGCACAAAUUGCUAAUAAAUACGACUCUGGAAACCAUUCUUGUUUUACCAGCAGUCAUGGAAUUAAUAAAUGCGAAGUCAUUCAUAUCGCUAUCGUUUGCGCACGGUAUAACUCAAGCAGGGACGUUGUUACUCUGAUAAAGAGCGUUCUAUUUUAUCGUCGCAACCCCUUACAUAUUCACCUUAUUUCGGACCCGGCAGCUAGAUUAAUAUUGCAGAGCGUAUUUGAAACAUGGGCAGUUCCGGCUUUGGAGGUUUCACUGUAUUUAGCAGAUGAUUUGAAGCCUGAAAUACAAUGGAUUCCAAAUACACAUUAUUCCGGAGUCUACGGUCUUAUGAAAUUAACCUUACCCAAAACCUUAAACAAAACUCUUGAGAAAGUUAUCGUUUUGGAUACCGAUAUAACAUUUGCUACUGAUAUAGCUGAGCUAUGGAAAAUGUUUCUAAAGUUCUCAAAAAGGCAAUCUAUCGGUCUAGUUGAAAAUCAAAGCGAUUGGUAUUUAGGUAAAUUAUGGAGAAAUCAUCACCCAUGGCCUGCAUUGGGGAGAGGUUUUAACACCGGGGUUAUACUUAUGGAUUUAAAAAAGUUAAGGGAUAUCUCGUGGAUGAAAGUUUGGCGUACUAUAGCAGAACGUGAAUUGAUAACUCUUCUCUCUACGGCGCUAGCUGAUCAGGACAUUUUUAAUGCUGUUUUCAAACAAUAUCCUCAUCUUGUAUACACAUUACCCUGCCAAUGGAAUGUACAAUUAAGCGAUAACACUCGAAGUCACCAUUGUUAUUCUGAUGUUUCGGAUCUCAAGGUUAUUCAUUGGAAUUCUCCUAGGAAAGUUAAAGUUAAAAAUCAACAUAUAGAAUUUUUUCGAAAUUUAUAUCUAACGUUUUUGGAAUACGAUGGAAAUCUAUUACGUAGAGAAUUAUUUGGUUGUACAGGUCAGAAUAAACCAUUAGCUAUAAUUGAGAAAAAAAUAUCUACUUUGAAUGAGGAUGAUGACUGCUUUGAGUUCCGACGAGAGGGAAUUCUUAUUUAUAGAACCCAUUUGUAUUACCUGGAUUAUGAUUAUGUACCCAUUGAAAACGAUGUCACUUUAGUGGCCCAACUUUCAAUGGAUCGUCUGCAAAUGUUGGAAACGAUUUGUAAACAUUGGCAAGGACCAAUGUCAAUAGCUCUUUAUAUGUCUGAUGGCGAAGCUCAGCAAUUUUUGCGGUUCGCCCUAGCAUCCUCAAUAUUAAUGUCAAGAAGAAAUAUAGGCUAUCAUAUUGUUUAUAAAGAUGGACAAUUUUAUCCUGUAAACCACUUGAGAAAUGUUGCUCUGAGACAAGUUCGAACACCGUUCGUUUUCUUAGCCGAUAUAGACUUUUUGCCUAUGUAUGGUUUAUAUGAUUAUUUACGAAAAACUGUUGUUGAAUUAGAAGUUAGCUCUAAUGCUAAAAAAGCAUUAGUUGUACCAGCCUUUGAAACACAACGGUAUCGCUUCAACUUUCCCACCUCCAAGACCGACCUUUUAGCUCAAUUGGACGUUGGCUCUUUAUUUACAUUUAGAUAUCAUGUUUGGCCUCGUGGCCAUGCUCCUACUCAAUUUAACAAAUGGCGAACUGCAACAACUCCUUAUCAAGUCGAAUGGGAAAGAGAUUUCGAACCAUACUUGGUAAUGAAAGUUGAUCAAAUUCCGGCAUACGAUAGGCGUUUUGUGGGAUUUGGAUGGAAUAAAGUUUCUCACGCUCUCAGUUUGGACGCUGCAGAGUUUGAAUUUAUAGUACUACCGAAUGCAUUUAUGAUUCACAUGCCGCAUGCCCCAAGCUUAGAUAUUGCUAAAUUUCGAUCUAGUUCCUUAUACAGAAAAUGUUUAAAAACCCUUAAAGCAGAAUUUUACAACGAUUUGUUUGAAAAGUAUGGUGCUAAAGCUGCCAAAUACGUACCAGAAUGA